GCCGAGCAUUUUACAGCUCCUCCUAGACUGGCGUCAAGAAGCGUUCCCUGCAAAGGAACAGCCCUGAAUGCAGCAGCAAUGGCCUGCUUCAAGCUAUCAAUUUUGCCGCUCCAAGAAAAUUCAAGACUCCUAUUUGUGAACAAAUUCUCAAAUUUUCCAACUGCAGAGAAAAGAAAUUCGACAAAUAGUGACAAAACCAAGCGGCCCACUAAAUUUUACUGUUCACACUCCAAUACGAUUGCUGUGGUAUCACCGUCGGAAACUGAAGAAGAUGGAAGUGAUGAUAAUGAAGAAGGUGGGCAGAUGUCGACGCCGGCUAUGAUGGGAAGCGCGCCUCCGGUUAGGCGGAGGAGGAGGAGGUACAGGAAACUAUGCCCUGGCGAGAAUCAAGGGAUAACUGAAGAAAUGAGGUUCGUUGCAAUGAAGUUAAGAAAUAGCGGUAAACCCAAAAAGAUUAAAAAGGGAAGAGGAAAGGCUGAGAGCAUUAAAGAAGUGGAAACUGGGAAUUCUGCUGACUCUGGGGAAGACCAAAAGGAUGUCUCAAUUUCAGAGGAAAAAGUGGAAAAGGAUGAUGAUGGUAGCGAUGCAAAUGAAGAUAUAUGGCAGCCUAGUCUGGAAGGUUUUUUGAAGUACCUUGUGGAUAGCAAGCUUGUUUUUAGUACUAUUGAGCGGAUUGUUGACGAGUCCAGUGAUGUUUCUUAUGUCUACUUCAGGAAAACAGGAUUGGAGCGAUCAGAAUGUAUUGCAAAAGAUCUAGAAUGGUUCAGCCGAAAGGGUAAUACCAUCCCAGCACCCAGCAAUCCAGGAGUCACUUAUGUCCAAUAUCUGAAGGAACUUGCUGAGACGAGUCCCCCUUUGUUUCUUUCCCACUUUUACAACAUAUACUUCUCGCAUAUAGCUGGAGGGCAAGUUAUAGCCAAAAAGGUCUCAGAGAAGUUGUUGGAAGGAAGGAAGCUGGAGUUCUAUGCAUGGGAAGGGGAAGAACAAGAGUUGCUAAAAGGUGUGAGAGACAAGCUCAACAUGAUUGGAGAGCACUGGUCUAGAGACGAGAAAAAUAGAUGCCUAAGCGAAGCAACGAAGGCAUUCCGGUACCUUGGUCAGAUAGUAAGGUUGAUAAUUUUGCAAAGAAAGCAGAUUUGAAUCCAAGAUUGUAUAUUCUUCUCUGGUUGUAAGCCCAUGAUAGAGCCUUUCAAGUUAAAGAUGAACCUCAGCUCUUUUGCUUGCGGCAUCCCUUCUUCACUUCUUCCAAUGGGAAGGAUGUUUCACCGGAGUUGAAAACAUCUCCUGUCUUGAAAAUCGAAUGCUAAUACAUGGUUUAGAUUCUUUGGCUGCUGAAAUUGGAGCUUUUAGUAAUGCGGGUUGGUGAUGGAUUAUUCCCUUCCUUUUUCCCUUCUGACUUCUUUGGUACUUUCCCUUUGUCCAUAGCGUAGAAGUUAGGCAUUUACGAGCCAUUAGCGGGCUUAGUAGCAACCUCCCUGAUUUCCCGCUCCGCGUCCCACAUCGAUCUGUUGGAGUCUGUGGGUUUAGGAUUUAAGUUCCGUAUAAGGCUCCAAAAGUUAGCGCCUUUUGGGAUACUCUUGUGAAUUAGUUUAGAUGUUAAGUUUGCCGAUUUCAGUGAAAA